UUCAACCCAAGAGGCCCAAAAGGGAGGAAAACCCCAGUUAACCCCCAUGGCCGCCUCCUCUUCCUUCCUCGCCGCCGGCCGCCGCCUGAUCCGCCUCGGCUGCGGCAGGCUCCUCCCCGCCGGCCACGCGCGAUCCCAUGGCUCCACCCCUGCCCUCAUUCGAGCCGCCGCCGCCGCCUCCUCCCCCGCCUCUCCUCGCGGCCACAGCGGGGGGAGGAAGCCGGCGCGGCCCCCGAGCCUGCAGUCCACGCUGUGGCCGCUGGGCCACCCGGGCACGCUCCUGGUGCCGGAGAUCGAGCGGUGGGCGGCCAAGCCAGGCAACCGCCUCCGCCACGUCGAGCUCGAGCGCAUCGUCAAGGAGCUCCGCAAGCGACGCCGCCACCGCCAGGCCCUCGAGGUCUCUGAAUGGAUGAAUGCCAAGGGACAUGUAAAAUUUCUGCCAAAGGAUCACGCUGUUCACCUGGAUUUGAUUGGUGAAAUUCAUGGAAGCAGUGCAGCCGAGACUUACUUCAACAACCUGCCAGAUAAAGAUAAGACAGAAAAACCCUAUGGUGCACUUCUUAACUGCUACACACGGGAACUCCUGGUUGAAAAAUCGUUGGCUCAUUUUCAGAAGAUGAAAGAGUUGGGUUUUGUGUUUUCCACACUCCCCUACAACAACAUCAUGGGUCUGUAUACGAACCUAGGGCAGCAUGAAAAGGUUCCUUCAGUAAUUGCAGAGAUGAAAAGCAAUGGUAUCGUUCCUGACAAUUUCAGCUACAGAAUAUGCAUUAACUCUUAUGGCACAAGGGCUGAUUUUUUCGGGAUGGAAAACACCCUUGAAGAGAUGGAGUGUGAACCUAAAAUCGUUGUUGAUUGGAACACGUAUGCUGUCGUGGCAAGCAACUACAUUAAGGGCAACAUAAGGGAGAAAGCAUUCUCUGCCUUAAAGAAAGCAGAAGCAAAAAUAAAUAUAAAAGAUUCAGAUUCCUAUAACCACCUGAUUUCCUUGUAUGGACAUCUGGGGGACAAAUCAGAGGUCAAUAGGCUGUGGGCGCUCCAAAUGUCGAACUGCAAUAGGCAUAUUAAUAAGGAUUACACUACAAUGCUUGCAGUGCUCGUGAAACUUAAUGAGAUUGAAGAAGCUGAAGUGUUGCUGAAAGAGUGGGAGUCGAGCGGAAAUGCAUUUGACUUCCAAGUUCCAAAUGUCCUGCUCACUGGAUACCGCCAGAAGGACUUGCUGGACAAGGCUGAGGCACUUCUGGAUGAUUUCUUGAAGAAGGGAAAGAUGCCUCCUUCAACCAGCUGGGCAAUUGUGGCAGCUGGCUAUGCGGAGAAAGGUGAUGCUGCGAAAGCAUAUGAGCUGACAAAGAAUGCCCUAUGUGUAUAUGCUCCAAAUACUGGUUGGAUCCCUAGGCCUGGGAUGAUUGAGAUGAUACUUAAGUAUCUUGGAGAUGAAGGUGAUGUCGAGGAGGUUGAAAUUUUCGUUGAUCUGCUGAAAGUUGCUGUGCCACUGAACUCAGAUAUGACUGACGCUUUGUCAAGGGCUCGAAUGAGAGAAGAAAAGAAGGUUAAAGAUGCAGUGUAAGCACUAUGAUGAAGAAGAUAAUGUUUCACGAGCUCUCAAGGCUGCUCUUUGGUCUGCACUGACACUUUGUUCUUGCUGCAUUUCUUCUUCUCGUUUUUUUUUCUUUUUUAGGAGAAUGUGGGUGGGGGAUGGUAACCAAAAUGAGAUAUUAUCUGACAUACAGUAGUUCUGGUAACAUUGUCUGUACCUGAGUACCUGAGUGAACUUGUUAUCACUCGAUUGGUCACUUUAAGUAUGUUGCUGGGAUUCUCAGCAAUAGUUAUAUUGCUUGAGUUAUAACGAUCGUAGAGCCAAAAUCACUCAAAAUGUA